UCCGAAAACAAACACUGCGGAAGGAGAUCUUACUUUCUUAAUUCUAUUUUGCUUUUGAUUUUUCUUUUUCCCCCAUUCUCGAAAGCAAAAGGGGAUCUUUCUUUCUUAAUUUUAAUUUAUAGAAAGAAAUGCAAUGGAGGGCAACAACACAUGUUCGGACCAAGUGAUUGCAGAAAUGAUUGAAAUGGGUUUUGAGUAUUCAAAUAUCGUCGAAGCCAUAAAAGAAGUGGGUCUCUCUGUUCCUAGGGUUGUGGAGCACAUCCUCAAAACCCCCAAAUUGCAAGAACACAACAAGAACCCUCUCAGAAGACAACCUUUGCGCACGUGUCGUCUAGUUCGGCAGUCCAAGAUAUUCGACCAUUUCCACUCCAAUGAUGUCCAAGAACACACGGAGGAUUUCCCUGAUCCCAUUCCAUUUGUGCUUUCAGAGCCAUUUCAAGUUCAAGAUUCGGAUGUUGCAUCAGAUUGGGAGCGGAAAGUUAGCAACUUGAUGCAAAAGCAUUUUGGGUUUUCAUCCUUGAAGAGUUUUCAGAAGGAAGCCCUCUCUUCCUGGGUUGGUCAUAAAGACUGUCUUGUCCUCGCUGCAACAGGAUCUGGCAAGUCUCUAUGCUUUCAGAUUCCUGCAUUGUUGUCCGGGAAAGUCGUGGUUGUGAUUUCGCCCUUAAUAAGCCUCAUGCACGACCAGUGUUUAAAGCUAACAAAACAUGGAAUCAGUGCUUGCUUUCUUGGCUCGGGGCAACUUGAUAAUACUGUUGAAAAGAAAGCAAUGGGAGGCUUGUAUAAUAUAGUUUAUGUCUGCCCAGAGACACUGUUGAGAUUGAUUCAGCCACUGCAAAAGCUUGCAGAAAGUCGCGGUAUUGCUUUAUUUGCAAUUGACGAGGUACAUUGUGUUUCUAAAUGGGGUCAUGAUUUCCGUCCGGACUACAGCCGACUGUCUGUGCUGCGGGAAAAUUUCAGUGCUAGUAAGCUAAAAUCCCUGAAAUUUGAUAUACCUCUGAUGGCCUUGACAGCUACGGCUACAAAAAGAGUUCAAGAAGACAUUUUAAAAUCACUACGCAUGUCAAAAGAAACGAAUGUUGUUCUUACAUCGUUUUUUCGAUCUAAUUUACGCUUCAUGGUAAAGGAUAGUCGAACAUCAAAGGCUUCUUAUGCAAAAGACUUUUGUGAAUUGAUUGAAGUAUAUGGUAGAAAGCAAAAUAUUGAUGGAAAUGAAAAGGCUUUCAUGUCAGAUGAUUCAGAUUAUGUUUCUCAUGGCUCCGAUGCUUGUAGUAGCUCUGAUACAGACAGUGUUUCUCCUGAUGAUGUGGAUGACAACCAAGAUGAUUAUGCUUACAAAGAUGAUUUUUUAAUGGGAAGAGAAUUGUCAGUUGAGUUUUUGGAAAAUGAUAUGGAUGUUGUUCAAAAUGUGGAUAAAUCGCAUGUUAUCCAUGGUGAAAAGCCUCCUCACAUGGGAUUGGAAUUACCCGAGGCAAUUGAUCCACCUAAGAAACCAGAAGGACUUAAAUUUCUUAAAGAGCCUUUGGAACAUGGACCAGCAAUCAUAUAUGUAUCCACCAGAAAAGAAACUUCGAGAAUUGCAAAGUAUCUAUGCAUGUUUGGUGUGAAGGCUGCUGCUUAUAAUGCAGGGCUUCCCAAAUUGAAUCUAAGAAGGGUUCAUAAAGGGUUUCAUGAAAAUACUUUAGAGGUUAUUGUUGCUACAAUAGCUUUUGGAAUGGGUAUUGACAAAUCAAAUGUCAGAAGAAUCAUUCACUAUGGUUGGCCACAGAGUUUAGAAGCCUACUACCAAGAAGCUGGACGGGCUGGUCGAGAUGGGAAAUUAGCAGAUUGCAUUCUGUAUGCAAACCUAGCAAGCAAGCCGUCACUUUUGCCUAGUCGGAAAAGUGAAGAACAGAUGAAACAGGCAUAUAUCAUGUUGUCUGAUUGUUUCAGAUAUGUAAUGAAUACUUCAUGCUGUCGAGCAAAGACAUUAGUUGAAUACUUUGGAGAGGAUUUCAGUCAUCAGAAAUGUCUCUUAUGUGACGUGUGCACCAAUGGUCCGCCACAACGGCUGAAUCUAAAAGAAGAGGCCUGUAUUUUACUACAAACUGUAGGUGCCCAUAAUGUAUGUAAUGAUCCCUUGGAUUGCUCAUAUGAAGAUGAUAUAUAUUCUGGCUCCAAACAUAGAGGACUAAGAGAGAGGCCAAACCUUAAGGUGUUAGUUGUAAAAAUAAGGCAGCAGUAUCAAAAGUUUUUAACCACUGAUAUAUUAUGGUGGAGAGGUCUUGCUCGAUUAUUGGAAAUUAAAGGAUUCAUAAGGGAAGGAGAUGACAAGAUCCAUGUUCAGGUAAAAUACCCGGAGCCAACAGAAUUGGGGAUGGAAUUUGUGAAGUCUAUGAGUGAGCAAGAUUUCUAUGUCUACCCUGAGGCAGAUAUGUUGCUUACAAGGAAAAGUAACAAACCAUUUUCCUCAUUCUCGGAAUGGGGAAGGGGUUGGGCUGAUCCUGAGAUCCGCCGCCAGCGCUUGGAAAAAAUGAAUCUCAAUAAAAAGCCAAAGAUGCUACCAAGUCCCAAAAACAAAAGGCAACGAAGGAGAAAAGGGUAAAAGAUGGCAAGAUAAGGGGCACUUGGAUAUGUAUUUUCCCACGAAUAAAAAGAAAGAGAACAGAUAAUUGAUUGAAGCACAAGUAACGUGGUAACCCAAAAGCGAAGCAAAGUACAAACAAGGGUUUCCAUUGUCAAUAUCAUAUAUAGUGUAAGACAUGUUAGAAACAUGAAUGAACAUGAUUCAUGGACUUAAGCAACAUCGUUUUCGCCAUAGUAGGCUUCUCCACGUCGUUCUUAUUUUGUGUGCCCAACAUAAAGAAAUGGCAGAGGAAACAAGUGGCUGCACAAAAACUGAAAAUUGUUAGCGAGGCUUUGGAAGUGGCAGAAGAAAGAGUAGUGAGAUUCCAAGAAAGACAUGACAGAAUUUUGAGCCAAAUAUGUUCCUCUUACUUGACAAAUACAGAGCUCCUUGAGGCUGUAACGGGUGCUCGAGCAACCAUGAACCAGGCAUUGGAGUUUGCCGUUGAGUUGAGGAAAAUUCAGAUUAAAAUCAUCACUUCUUUCCCUGAUUCAAUCGAUGUUCUGUUGGAUAAGACAAAACCAAGAGGUGCUUGAGAUUCUCUUAAUUUCAAUGUUUGCUUCUGCAUCCAUAAAUGGAAUGUGCACACUACAUCUUUUUUCCUCAUUUCUUACAAAUUACUACCAUUUUCAUGACACAGUUUAAUAUGUAUUUAGUCUGUUUUAGCAACUAUACGUAUAUUU